UUGCUGAUUUGCCGGAAAUUUUCAAUUCCGGCAAUAUGUUGAUUUGUCGGAAAAUUUCAAUUCCGCCAAUUUGCCGAGCUGCCGGAAAUUUCAAUUCCGGCAAAUUGUCGAAUUGCCGGAAAAAAUCGUUUGCCGCCAACCCCUGCUGCAAACGUUGUUUAUUUCGCCGCGGCCGACACUUCCCGGGUUCCGCGCCGCACUCUGCAGGAGGUGCGGCAGGCUUGUUGGUGCCUAUGACUAGCUUGACAACCGGAAUCUCUAAACACAAAAUUUCAAAAGCUCAAAAAUUUUAACGUUUUAAAGUUUUUUUUUUAAUUCAAAAUUAAAAAAAAUAAACAAAAUUAAAGCCAACACGUUGAAAAAAAAAACGACGCCAACUCGUACUUCUUGCCCUUUUCCAAAAUUAUUUCCUAUCAAUUUCAAUUGAAUUUCAAUCAUUUCACUGCAAAUCUCAUCAAUCUUCACAAAAAAAGCCAUGUGCAACAACGCAGAUUUGUCUCAAAAGAUUUGGCGAUGGACCGCGAUGAGGCAUAUUCUCAUUGCUGCCGGUAUUAAUGCAGCCCUCGCUUUGUUAUAUCUUCUGGCACUUUUUGAUUUUGCUGGAUUUACAAAAGAUGAAGUGAUAAAGUAUAAAGAUGUCUUCUAUGGAUAUCUCAACGUGUGUGUACUUCGACUCAUCUACGCCGCCUUCAUCGUCGCCUUGCUCAUGUGUCCCAGUAAAGUCUGGUAUGGAAUUGUGUCUGUGUUGAAGAUCCUUCACGCUUCUUCAACACUUAUAAUCACCAGUAUUGUUCUGCGUAACUAUAUCAUUGCAUGCAAUGGACAAAUGUAUGAGCCCUUCAAGUUCGGAAAAUUCGGUACCUUUGUCUGCCUAUACGCCUCAUCAUUCGUCACCAUUUACAUUGCAGCAAUUCUGAUCAAAUUGAGCGUCUUCUCACCGUCAAAGCCAAAGGAUUUGUAUGUUAUUCAAGUAGUGGGUCCAUCAUCGAGUGAGAAGGGGUCCCGGACAAGUUCAGAGAAGCAGAGUGAAGCCAGUUCUAGUCAGAUGGAGAAGACGGAGGAAGUAUGAUCUUGUAAAGGAAAAUUCUAAUAAACUGUUUCCUAUUUCGACUAGAACAUUUUUCUAAUAAAAAGUAGUUUGCAAAUGAAUUGGAAUGUUCAAAU